AUGUCCAUUAAAGAGGGUUACUUAAAAAAGUGGUCAGAUACGAAAAACUGGACUAACGUAUAUUGUAAAUUACUACAAAGUGGUUGGUUUCAAUGGUUCGACAGUGCAUCGUCUACUUCGCCUAAAAGAAGUGUUGAUAUUAGACAUUCCUUGCCAUUGGAGAUGUUAUCCAUCGCGUCCCAUGCAAACCAACUUCAUUAA